AUGAUUCUGCCUAUAACUCUGUCCCGACAUGAGAAGGAACUGACGAGCUACGCCAUGCUUGACACUGGUGCUGAAGGGAAGAGAUUUGUUGAUAAGGAAUGGGCCCAAGACCACGGCCUCAAGUUACUGCCACUGAAAAGACCAAUCCGCCUGGAGACUUUCGACGGCCAAGAAGCUGAGAGUGGGCCAAUCACCCACUAUGUCCAGAUGCACAUGAGAAUCAAUGAUCACCAAGAGAAAAGAGCUUGUUUUCUGGUCACACAGCUAGCGCAUUACCCUGUUGUGUUAGGACUCCCCUGGCUAAAGAUCCACGAUCCCCGAAUCGGUUUCGCUGAACAUACCGUCCUGUUUGACAGCAAGUACUGCCAGGAACACUGCAAUGUACCCACAAGACCUGCAAAAAUACGAGCUUUACAUGAUAUUCCGCGAAAGACCCGCCCAAAGCACCUGCCUGCCCGACCUGAAGGCCUGGAACACCAAGACAUUGCUGCUAUAUCCCUGUCUGCCUGCUCUGCUUAUGCGCGGAAGAAUUACCGCAUGUUUACCGUCACUGUCAAGGAUAUCGAAGCUGCUCUGAAUCCCACACCUGACGAAGAAGACCCAACAACUAAACUGCCACCUGAAUUCCAAGACUUUGCUGAUGUAUUCUCACCCAAGGAGGCUGAGCGCCUGCCGCCCCACCGCCCCUACGACCACGACAUCAAGCUGCAGGAGGGGAAAGUGCCCCCAUUUGGGCCCUUGUAUCCGAUGUCCCGGGAAGAAUUGAAGGCCCUGAAAGAAUGGAUUGAGGAAAACCUGAAGAAAGGAUUUAUUCGACCCAGCUCAUCACCUGCUGCAUCCCCUGUUCUAUUUGUCAAAAAGCCAGGAGGAGGUCUUCGAUUCUGUGUUGACUAUCGUGCCCUGAACGCCAUUACUGUGAAAGAUCGCUAUCCGCUACCGUUGACCAAGGAGACCCUGAAUAACCUGAAAGGGAUGAAAUAUUUCACGAAGAUCGACAUAAUUUCCGCCUUUAACAACCUGAGAAUCAAGAAAGGACUCGAAUACUUGACUGCCUUCCGUACACGACUAGGCCUAUUUGAAUCCCUUGUGAUGCCCUUUGGCCUGACUGGCGCACCUGCUUCAUUCCAGCGAUUCAUGAAUGACACCCUGCGAGACUACCUGGAUGUCUUCUGCACUGCCUAUUUGGAUGACAUCCUGAUUUAUAGUAAGACCCGUGAGGAGCACAUUCGCCACGUCCGCCUGGUUCUUGAGAAAUUGCGAGAUGCAGGCCUCUUUGCCAAAUUGUCCAAGUGUGAAUUUGCGGUGCCUGAGACUAAGUUCCUGGGUAUUAUUGUCGGCCGAGAUGGACUACGCAUGGAUCCUGACAAGGUGAAGACUAUUGUUGACUGGGAGACCCCAACUUGUGUGACUGAUGUCCAAGCAUUCAUUGGCUUUGCGAACUUUUACCGGAGGUUUAUCAAAGAUUUCUCAAAGAUUAUUACGCCCCUAGUGAACCUGACAAAGAAAGGCAUCCAGUUUAAAUGGGACACUACCUGCGAACUAAGCUUCAAUGCCCUGAAAAAGGCCUUCACUACUGCGCCUGUUCUCAGACCGUUUGACUGGAAUAAAGAAGUCAUCCUAGAAACUGAUGCAUCUGACUAUGUCUCUGCUGGGGUCCUGUCCCAAUAUGACGACAAUGGUGUCUUGCACCCUGUGGCCUUCUUCUCCAAGAAGCACUCAGCAACUGAAUGCAAUUAUGAGAUUUAUGAUAAGGAACUACUGGCUAUCAUCCGCUGUUUCGAGGAAUGGCGCCCUGAGCUGGAAGGAACCCCAUCUCCCAUCAAAGUUAUCACUGAUCACCGGAACCUGGAAUACUUCAUGACAACUAAGCUCCUGAACCGCCGACAAGCCCGCUGGUCUGAGUUCCUGUCCCGAUUUAACUUCAAGAUCAUUUAUCGCCCAGGCAAACAAGGAGCGAAGCCUGACGCCCUGACCAGGAGGUCAGAGGAUCUCCCUAAAGAGGGGGAUGAGCGCCUGCUACACCAAAGCCAGACUGUCCUGAAGAAAGAGAACCUUGAGCCUGCACCUGACAAUUCACCUGUCACCCUGAAUGCCACCACUAGAGCCCGAGACCAUUCUGCUGAAAGCUCUGUUGAGAACCCACCCAGAAUACCUGCUCAAACCAGGAGAGUCAGAUUCGCUGAUGAGACCAAUCAUGAUGUGCCAGAGCCACCACAAGAUAUCAAGAAUCUGCUGGAUAAUGCGUAUUCCGUUGAUGAAACAGUACUGUCAAUUCUGGAAGCCCUAGAUAAGGACGCCACACGACACCCUCAGAUCACCCUAGCUGACUGCCAGAGAAGAGGCAAAUACCUCUUCUAUCGAAAUCGUCUUUAUGUUCCAGAUAAUGGAGAGCUAAAAGCCGAGCUAUUGAGACAAUGCCAUGACAAGCCAGCCAUAGGACACCCUGGCCGAUCCAAAACUUAUGAGCUCCUGUCCCGGGAAUACUACUGGCCUGGAAUGUACCAGUAUGUUGAACAAUGGACCCAGAAUUGCCACACAUGCCGCCGCAUCAAGCCAUCCAGAGAAGCCCGUCAAGGCAUCCUGCGCCCUCUGCCUGUCCCUGAAAGAUCCUGGCAAGAUAUUAGCAUGGACUUCGUCACACAUCUACCUCCAAGCCGUGGGUACGAUGCGAUCCUGGUUGUAGUGGACCGACUGACAAAGAUGAAACACUUCAUUCCGUGCAAAGGAACCUGCAAUGCCGAAGAAGUGGCCCGCCUGUAUGCCUACAAUGUCUGGAAACUCCAUGGCCUGCCGCAAACUAUUGUAUCAGAUCGAGGACCACAAUUUGUUGCCCAGUUCUGGAAACACCUGACACGCCGCCUGCAAAUCACGAACCUGCUGUCAACUGCCUACCAUCCUGAGACUGACGGCCAGACUGAGAGGACCAAUGCCGUUCUGGAACAAUAUCUCCGCGCCUAUGUAUCCUACCUACAAGAUGACUGGUCUGAAUGGCUACCGCUAGCUGAGUUUGCUGCUAACUCUGCUCGCUCUGAGUCUACCCAUGUUUCCCCAUUUUUCGCGAACUAUGGAUUUCACCCACGAAUGGGAUUUGAACCUGUUCUGCCUACCAACCGUCCUGCCAGAGAUGCUGAAGAGUUUGCCUGUCGAAUGGAAUUAAUCACUGAGUUUGUUCGUACCGCGAUCACAUCCGCCCAGGCCCGUCAGGAGGAACAGGCCAAUCGGAAGAGGCAGCCUGCCCGUCGCUAUCAAGUCGGCCAGUAUGUAUGGCUAGAUUCCCGCAAUAUCCGGACCCUGCGCCCACAGAAGAAGCUAGAUUGGAAGAACCUGGGACCAUUCCGCAUUGUUGAGAUUGUUAACCCGCAUGCUUAUAAGCUCGACCUGCCUGCUAGUAUGAGGAUGCAUCCUGUGUUCAACGUUAGCUUGCUCCGCCCUGCUGCUGGAAACCCUGUCCCAGGCCAGAGACAAGAACCGCCGCCACCUGUUGAAGUGGAUGGACUUGAAGAAUGGCAAGUUGAGGAUAUCUUGGAUUCCCGCUGGGAAAGGAGAGGUCGCGGGGGACCUCGUCUGAAGUAUACAGUCAAAUGGACCGGAUAUGAUGACCCUACUGAAGAGCCGGCCGCAUAUCUGGAACACGCUCAGGAAGUCAUCGCGAACUACCACCGCCGGUAUCCCCAUAAGCCUGGGCCUGGCCUCAACGGAGCUCGGCCUUGA